GAGAUCUGCUCCAUUCUAUCCUUUCUCAAGGAUUUGGCCUCCGCGAAAGCUCAGCCGACUUAACCGCGAGCCGAGCGACAUUCCCAUUCAGACACACGCCUCCUCCUGCCAACAUCAGCCUCCCUCACUGGUCCCGGCCAGACUCGUUUCUUCCCCGAGUUUCCCGCGGGGACCAUCUCUUGAAGACGACCAACCGCAGCUGCAAACUGUAUAGGUCUGGCCAACCAGAGGCGAGGGUGGAAGCUGGGGCGGGCGGCGGGAAGGGAAGAGUUCAUUUCUUCUGGAGAGGGUGAGCCGGCCGGGCAGGUUCCCCGACGGAAGCUGGGGAGUCGCGGCGGCUUGCAGAAGGGCGCGGGCCCCUCCCCGCUCAGGUGGGAGGCUUCGGCACCCCCUCCGGGUGUCCGGCCCCAGCCUUGGCCACAAUGUCCCAGGCCCCUCUGGACUCCUCAUCACCACGCGCCAGCUGCAUGGACCUGUGGAGGGAAAAGAAUGACCGGCUAGUUCGACAGACCAAGCAGGUGACUCAGGACUCCGAUCUGUUACUGAGGCAACAGCAGUUGGCUCAGGAUGCACUGCAAGGGUUCAGGGAGCUCCUUCAUAGUCUGCAGGGGCUUCCUGCAGCUAUUUCUGCCCUCCCCUUGGAGCUGACUGUCAUCUGCAACUUUAUUACCCUGAAAGCAAGCCAUACCCAGGGCUUCACUGAGGACCAGGACCAGGAUAUCCAACACGGCCUUGAGAGAGUGCUAGAGGCCCAGAAGCAGCUAGGACCCAGGCUGGAAUGUGGGCUCAGGGAGCUGUGGGACUCUGUCCUCCAUGCUUCCUCCCUUCUGCCUGAGCUACUUCCUGCCUUGCACCACCUGGCUGGCCUGCAGGCUGCCCUCUGGCUGAGCACUGACCAUCUUGGAGAUCUGGCCUUGCUGCUACAAUCGCUGAAUGGCAGCCAGAGCGGGGCCUCUGAGGAUCUGCUGCUGCUUCUAAAAACUUGGAGCCCUCCAGCUGAGGAGUCAGAUGCCCCACUCACCCUGCAGGAUGCCCGGGGCUUAAGGGAUGUCCUUUUGACGGCAUCUGCCCUCCGUCAAGGUCUCCAGGAGUUAAUCACAGGGAGCCUACCCAGGGCACUGAGUAGCCUGCAGGAAGCAGCCUCAGGUCUGUGUUCAUGGCCUGUGUUGGUCCAGGUAUACACGGCGCUGGCGACCUGUCUCCGUAAGAUGGGUAGUCCACAGAGAGCAUUGUUGUACUUGGUUGCAGCCCUGAAAGGGGGAUCUGUUUGGGGCCCCCCACUUCUGGAGGCCUCCAGGCUAUAUCAGCAACUGGGGGACACAGCGGCAGAGCUGAAGAGUCUGGAGCUGCUGGUUGAUGCCCUGAGUGUCACCCAGAACUCUGAAGCCCCCCAGCUUCUCAUUGAGGUAGAGUUGCUACUCCCACGACCUGACCCAGCCUCGCCCCUUUACUGUGGCACACAGAGCCAGGCCAAGCACCUGCUAGCAAGCCGAUGCCUACAGACAGGCAGGGCAGAGGAUGCUGCAGAGCAUUACUUGGACCUGUUGGCCCUAUUGCUGGAUGGCCUGGAGCCAAGGUUCUCCCCACUGCCCUGCCCCCCAGGGCCCUGUAUGCCUGAGGUGUUCUUGGAGGCAGCAGUAGCACUGAUCCAGGCAAACAGAGCCCAGGAUGCUUUGACUGUUUGUGAGGAGUUGCUCAGCCGAACAUCAUCCCUGCUUCCCAAGAUGCCCUGGUUGUGGGAAGAUGCCAGAAAUGUAGCCAAGGAGCCUAUAAACUGCCCACUCUGGGUCUCUGCCACCUACCUGCUUCAGGGUCAGGCCUGGGUGAAACUGGGGGACCAAAAACAGGCAGUUAGUGAAUAUAGCCGGUGCCUUGAGCUGCUCUUCCGGGCCACACCUGAGGACAAAGAACAAGGGGCUGCUUCCAACAGUGACCAGAGGUGCAGACCAGAUGCAGCACUGCAACAGCUUCGAUUAGCUGCCCUGAUAAGUCGUGGACUGGUAUGGGUGGCCAGUGGCCAGGAUACCAAAGCCCUGCAGGACUUCCUACUCAGUGUGCAGAUGUGCCCAGGUAAUCGAGAUGCUUCCUUUCACCUGCUUCAAACUCUGAGGAGACUGGAUCGGAGGAAUGAGGCCACUGCUUUCUGGUGGAGGCUGGAGGCCCAAACUAAGCUGCCACCGGAGGAUGCCACAUGGUCUCUCCCCCUAUACCUAGAAACCUGUUUGAACUGGAUCCACCCUCCGGACCGGGAAACCCUCCUGGAAGAGUUUCGGACAUCUCUGCUGGAGCCUUCUGAUCUGUAGCUGCCAUGUUUCCUACACCAGCUUGAGCUGGCCCCCCAGCAUCUCUCUGUGGGAAGGACUUUUUGCUUUAACAUCUUUGGGAAAUGUGGCUAGAGCUUACCUUUCCUAUAUAAUUCCAAUUGGAGAGGUUGGUGGUAGUCCUGUCAAAUUUGGCAUAAUAACUGCCGUCCUAGUUCCAGAGGAAGCGCCCCCCUGCCAUCUCCAACAAGACAUUGACUUUGCUUAUGGCAUGUUUUUUUCCUGUUUCCCCUUUUUUUGUGUUGAGUAAAAUCUUAUAUUUAUCUCGUCUGCCUACUGUACAUACUUGAAUGGGAAGACUUGCAGCUUCUAGAUUCAGUUGAGUGCUGGUUGUCUAAGAUACCCGUCUCCUACCAUCAUCUUACGAGUUUGAAGUCUGGGGUGAGGAAAGGGCUAUAGGAAUCC